AUGAGCAGCAGUGACGAUGGCAUUGACCUCGGCGUCACGAUAGAUCAUCGCCUAUGUACACCACUAUCUACUAACGCACAUCCUCAUGCCACCUCUACGAAGCGUAAGCGAGUGGUACUUUCGAUUCAUGACAAACAACAGGUUCUUGAGCGUCUCGAAGCCGGUGAACAGCCGAUCGCCAUUGCGCAUGAGUUUGGUAUCAGUCGUCAGCAAGUAUCAGAUAUCAAGAAGAACAAAGACCGUAUACUGGCUUUUUGUAUUGAUGCUGAAGGCAUGACAAAAUUGAAGCGUAAGACACUUAAAUCUGUGCCUGAACAUCAUCCGGGUGUCGAGCAGGAACUUUAUCGAUGGAUUAUCCGCCAAAGGACAUUGGGUCGACCAGUAUCAGCCGAUGCAUUAACUACUAAAGUGUCGGAUCUCUUUAUGCAAUACGCAAUUGAGGGAAAUUCUAAAAUACCAUUUACGGCAAUGAUCAAGUGGUUGAAGCACUUUAAAAAAGUCUAUGGCCUUAAAGUGUUGUCUCAGGACGAGAUGCAGCAGCUGCCGGAGCAAUUUGUACCGGCAAUGGGUGUUAUACAGAUGCAACAACCUGAUACGACAAUAGCAACGUCGGUGGAUGAAAAUGCGUGCAUGCACGUUGUGGAACAUGGGAAUACACGACAACCGCAAGAUGGACUGGGUGCCUCUACGACAUCAUUACAAACUGUUGUGGAUACAAUGCAACAGCUGAAUACUCAACUCGCGAGGUUUGAACAGGAAAUGGUAAUCAAGCUCGACUACUUAGAUGAAAGGGUCACUACAUUGUGCUCAUUCGUGCUCCUUCCGCGAGGAUAG